AUUCGUAUGAGGAUUGCGGUGCGCCAUGUUGUGUAAAGCUCAAGAGUUGAUUCUGUGAUUCUAUUUUCAUCGUUAUAUUCUAAAACUAUUGUUCAAAAAUUCGGCUUUUCAUUGACUAUGAUAAUCAACUCAAUAUCUAUCAUGUUCAAAGAUUAAUUGUAUGAUAUAUUAGCCAAUGAACUAUACAGAUUCAUGUUUGGAAAGGGCAAUCACACAAACAGCCCAAGCCAUAAAGCUGAAUUUCGCUAGGUUUCUGAGAUUUAAAUUAUAGUGUUGUAUAAAAUUGAGAGGUACAGACCUAGCAACAGCAAGGGAUGGAUAUUGGUGACGCGGAGAGAGAGGCGAGUGAGGUGUUGCACUCUCUGCUUUCCAUUGAACGAUUGGAAAAGCCUAGUGCACGUUUGAACAAUGAAGUACAACAGGUGCUCGAGAACUGUAGCGAUGAGAGCAAUGAUUCGAGUGAAGAUGACGAGCAGUGGCUCGGAGCUUGCAAUGAUAGUUUGUUGACAAAGGACACCACCACAAUUAAUCCUCUUCAUAUCCAACAAUCUAGUCAUCCAGUUAAUCAAGGAUAUGACUGGAAUAAUGUGCAGAAAAAUGAAUCAUCCAAGUCACAGGCACGCAAAGAUCAACAGGUUUUUGUUCCUUGUCUUAAUAAGAAAAAUUGUGAAAAAACAGAGUCUCGUGGUGAUGUUAAUGGGAAGAAGCGUGACAGUAUAACACCACGAACUACUUCUACUAAAAAUCUUGUUCGUAAAAAGUUCUUAAAUUUACGCAGAGAAAAGCCAGACAAAAAAGAACGAGAAUCAGUUGGCUUAAAAGAAGAAAGAGAAUCGGAAAGAAUUGAGGGCAGCGCUGAUGCUGUUCAGAAGCGAUUUGAAAUGGGAUGCGAUUGUAGUGACGAAUGUUGUUUUGAAGGGCUCAGCGCAGAGAAUGUUUACAAGCACCGUUUGAACAUAGCCGAAUUGACGAAAGAAGAGCAUGAUAUGUAUUUGAUGGGACUUACGAUGGCCUGUAUGGCUGAUCCCGGUGUCACAGCCAAGCAGCGCAUUCGUCGGAGGCUGAGAGCACAAUACGUUUACCAGGGACGACGGGUAUGUCUGGCUGCGUUUCUCUAUCUGGAGAAUUGCACUUUGUAUCAAUUGAAGAGGAUUCGCAAGCAUGUGAUGACGCAUGGUGUUACUCCCAGGGUCCAUGGCAAUCACGGCAAGAAACCUCACAACGUAUUUCCAUUGCAUACUUAUCGAAGGGCGACUGAAUUCUUAAAAGACUUCAUCGAAUCAAAUGGUGUUGGGGGUACUAGCCAUCCCAAAUCGCUGAUAAUGUUCCCGCCUGAUAUAACAAGAAAGACCAUUCAUAACUUAUACAAAGAAACAAUGCAAAGUUCAUCAUACGCAGAAAAAAUAAUGGGAUACUCCACUUUUCGACAUUUUAUGAAGGAACAAUUUCCGUUUGUUCGAUAUUGCAAAUAUGAUCCUGGAAUGACUUGUCGAAGUACUAACAAUAAUACUUCAUCGAGCAAUGCAACUCCAAAGGAACCGAGUGGCACAAGUGGUAGCAGCUGUAUUCCUAUUGAACCAGUGCAGCAGCAGCAGCAGCAGCAGCAGCAACAGCAGCAACAACAGCAGCAGCAACAGCCGUCAUUGAUAGCAAUGCCUUGUUUGCACAAUCAAACAUCAAGACUCGCCGAAGAAGAACAAGUGACGAUCGCGGCGCAGCCGUCACAUCAAUCACCUUGCACCAUCUCCAACAACACAAUCGCCAUCCAAAUGGCAAUUCCUGUGCUGUCAACAGAAAUAAGCAAAUCAGAACUGACCAAUCAGCAGACAACAUUUCUGGUGACGCCCAUCUCGCAAGUGAUGCCCGUGUUCCAAGGAGCACCAGCCACGCCCACCCCCGCCCUCACGCCUACUGCCACCAAUCAACAGCAGUGGUCUAGCUGCAUUGAGCUGCUCAGUGCCAGUGGCUAUGGCUUCAGUGUUGUUGAUGGCUGUUGAAGCAAACUUCCCAUUUGUGCUGUGAUCUCUACAAAGUGUUCUAAUCAUUUUACUCCGGUAA